AGUGACCGAGAGGGCAGCUUCUCUUUUAACUGACAGAAAGCCUAACUCAACCUUCACCGGCGCCGUUUGGUUGGAUUUUUCUGCAGGUUUUUGUUCUUUGAUUGUAAUUCUUAGCUGUGUAAAAGGCUUAGCAUAUCUCCUGACUUUUCAUAGUGGGCUUUGGAGGCGUCUGUCCUGAUGAAGUGUCGGCAGGGGAGGGAGGAGGAAACCAGAGAGAGGAAGGAAGCGAGGAUAACGUCACGAGAAGCAUACUCGGAGUAAAACGGACUCUGUGCUGUUUAAUGGACAGUCCUUGAUGCGAGCCAGGCUCUGAGCUGCUUCUUUUUUGGGGGGCGAAUUGUGUUUAUUUACGAGGAUGUUUUUGUGAACUUCCCGGGCGUGAAAAGGGAGGCUGAUCGGAGAGGAAACGGGCAACCCAGCAGCAGAUUUUCAUCUCUUUCAGGAGCUCCACUAAAGCAGAGAAAAUGGAAAUGUGUGGAGCCCUCCUCCGUUUGCCUGCCUGCUGAAGGAUUUGGUUUUAAUCGUGACACAAGUGGACCUUCCCCGUUGCAGCUCCUUUUUUAAUGACUGGAAGAGACGUUUAGAUUAAUCCUACGUGGGAGUUUCGAAGUGGACUUUUUUGACGGCGGAGGAAAAGCAGCAAAAUCAUCGGGAGAAUUAACAGGUGACUGCAGAGACAAAUCCAAAAUGAGUGAGCUGGAGCAGCUUCGCCAGGAGGCCGAGCAGCUGAGGAACCAGAUAAGAGAUGCCAGGAAAGCGUGUGGAGAUUCAACCCUGACACAGAUAACAGCCGGUCUGGAUCCUGUUGGGAGGAUUCAGAUGCGGACGAGACGCACCCUCAGGGGCCACCUUGCUAAGAUCUACGCCAUGCACUGGGGAUCAGACUCGAGGCUUCUGGUUAGCGCCUCGCAGGAUGGAAAACUGAUUGUCUGGGACAGCUACACCACUAACAAGAUCCAUGCCAUCCCCCUCCGCUCGUCCUGGGUGAUGACCUGCGCGUAUGCCCCUUCUGGGAACUACGUAGCCUGUGGAGGCUUGGACAACAUCUGUUCCAUCUACUGCCUGAAGACACGUGAAGGCAACGUCAGGGUCAGCAGGGAACUACCUGGCCACACAGGUUAUCUCUCGUGUUGCCGUUUCAUUGAUGACAAUCAAAUAAUCACAAGUUCUGGAGACACCACAUGUGCACUGUGGGACAUUGAAACGAGUCAGCAGACCACGGUUUUCUCCGGCCACAGCGGCGACGUCAUGAGCCUGUCCCUGUCGCCCGACCUUCGCACCUUCGUGUCGGGAGCCUGCGAUGCCUCGGUCAAACUGUGGGACAUCAGAGACAGCAUGUGCCGGCAGACCUUCACGGGCCACGAGUCGGACAUCAACGCCAUCUGUUUCUUUCCCAACGGCAGCGCCUUCGCCACUGGCUCCGACGACGCCACCUGCAGGCUGUUUGACCUGCGUGCAGACCAGGAGCUCAGCGUCUAUUGCCAUGACAACAUCAUCUGUGGCAUCACCUCUGUGGCUUUCUCCCGCUCUGGCCGCCUGCUGCUGGCCGGUUAUGAUGAUUUUAACUGCAACAUCUGGGACGCCAUGAAGGGAGACAGAGCAGGAGUCCUGGCCGGCCAUGACAAUCGUGUGAGCUGUCUGGGUGUGACGGAUGACGGCAUGGCGGUGUGCACCGGGUCCUGGGACAGCUUCCUUAAGAUCUGGAACUGAGCCAUGCACAUAAACCGCACACACACCCACACAUGCACACACUUUCAAACAUGCACGCACACGUCUGACAAACAGGCACCACUCCCACAGCUCGGGACACAGUUUGCACCCUGUAUUCACUGUAUGUAAGAUCCAAUCGGCGACAUUUUACUGUACAUAAUAUAUAUGACUUAGGUAUGAGUUUACACACAUAAACACAAUGCUGUAUGCAGAACAAGCCCUGAACACGCACAUACUACCGUCAAAUGAUUUCAGUUCAAGCAUUAGUUCAAUACACUCUCUUACUUUGGUAUGAUUUCACACAAACAUUUGUAAAAUUAAAAAAAAAAAAAGUGACCAAAAAAGUUUGAUCUUCAGCUGCUCAAAUGAAAACACAAAUGCCACUUUUACCUGAAGCCUUUUAACACGUCAAACAUGCUCAUUCACACAUAAAGACACACUUUUCCUGAGAGACACUGCUUCUCAAGUUAAAACGGGGGGAGAGACGUCAUUGGACAAUUCUGUCUUUGUUUACAAUGAAGUCCAAAAUGCACUUCAGACAAAUUUUUUUCGUGACUAUUUUUGUCUUGGUACCGUGCGUAUCUCAGCGAAUGUGAAGGAAGAACAGUGUUGUUGUCAGAGAAUCAUGUGAGUCCUUAUACUGAAAACAAAACAACCACUGACAGACGGGCCGGGGCGAUGAUCACAGCCUGAGGGGGAAAAAAAAGUAAAAAAAUAAAAAAAUAAAAAAAAUCAUCUCCUGUUCUCUACUGGCUCCAAACAGCAGUCAGUGUUUUUAUAGAUAUGUACCCCCUACAUACAGUACAGUACAUCUGCUCUUAAGUUUUUCUUUUAUACUUCUUUUAUUCAUGUUCUCCCUGUGUGCCUCAGAUACACUUUAAGGAUUAUUAAUAGAGAAUAUUAAUGAAGUUAAAUUAAGGAAAAAAAAAGAUUUGAGAUUCAGAAGGUAGGUGAAAAUUAAAGCAUUGUAAGACGCAUCUUAAUAAAGCAGGAGCCAGUGAUCAUACUUUGACUUUGUCAAUGUAUUGUCCGGACAUUAUGAUGGUAUAAUUGUACAUAAUAUUAAUAAACGAAAGCCUCUCCUGCCAAUGCUUGUGGUUCCUUUUUG